GUUGAAUUUCUAGGGAGAAGCUAUGGGGAGAGAUGUUGCGAUCAGAUUAGUGGUUUUGAUUCUACUUGCUGUUCUUGUUAGCUUCUGUUGCUGUAAUGAAAUUGCACCAGCAAUAAUAGAAGGUCCGACUAAAGCUCCAAUUGGAUGUCACAAACGAAGUUAUUCUUAUAAAGUUACACAAUCUGAUAUGAAAGGAAAUACUUGCAGUGGUGUAAUAACAGUUAACGCAUGUUGGGGUCGCUGUGAUUCGAAAGAGAUUUCAGAUUGGAAGUUUCCAUUUAAGAAAUCUCAUCAUCCGGUUUGUGUACAUUCUGGAAGAACUAAAGUGAUUGUGAUGCUUCAAGAAUGUGAUCCGAAUGCAAGUAUUGAAGCUCGAAAAUAUGAAUACAUGGAGGCGUUGACUUGUUCAUGUCAAAUUUGUUCAUCAAUUGACACAUCGUGUGAAUCACCACAAGCACUUCAAAAAGCCAUGAGUAUCAACAAACUCAUCACAACUGACAUCGAAGAAGAUUAUUCACUUAUUGGAGAUAAAUAUUAAACAUGUAACAUAAAUCAUUUACUUUCCUUGAACCAAUGAUCAAAUGUGUGUUUGUAUUUAAACAAUUUUUAAUAAAAUUUAAUCGUACAUGAAUUCAUUCCUUU